AUGUAUCAGAUAACACCUGCUGAGGACUUUGGGGGCCCGCUAGGAGAUCAUGUUCAGUCCGUACAUGCUUGCACUGAGAACAUCGAGAUCACAGAGAGCUUUAUAUACCUUGGCAGUGCAAUUCAUGACUCUGGCCUGUCAAAACAGGAAGUCCUUGCACCAGAUCAUGGGGCACAGUUGGUGGGACCAGUGUCCAACAACGGUUGCAUCGUGAGACUGCGCGUCGCUCUGUUGGUCGUGGUGAUGCUGGCCUCGAUGGUGGCGGCUCACCCUGACCCUGGCUAUGGUAGGGGUCAUGGUGGCUAUGGGUAUGGUGGCCACGGCGGAGGGCAUGGUGGCUAUGGGCAUGGUGGCCAUGGCGGAGGUUAUGGUGGAUAUGGUGGUUACGGCCAUGGCGGAGGACACGGCGGUCAUGGCUAUGGUGGUUAUGGAUAUGUAUGUGUGCCUGAAUGUAACACCAUGGUGGUAUUGGCAGUGGUGCCGAUGGUAAUAACUCCUAUGUAUGGUGGCCAUGGCGGGAGACGUAGUCGUUAUUGGUAUGAUGGUUAUAAGUAUGGUGAUUCCUUUGGAGAGCAUGGUGGAUAUGGGCAGAACGGCUACGGAGGAAGGUAUGGUGGCUAUGUUGAAUACAAGCCGUGGAAGCUUGCAAUUCUUAACUUUUCUCACGGAGCCGCGACUUUAAACUACACAGAUCCAAUGCGUAUGACCCUGCUCGCUAUGGUGGCGAUGGCUAUGGUGUCAGUGGUGAUGGCCCAUCCUAACCCUGGCUAUGGUCAUGGUGGCUAUGGGUAUGGUGGCCACGGCGGAGGUCAUGGUGGCUAUGGGUAUGGUGGCCAUGGCGGAGGUUAUGGUGGAUAUGGUGGUUACGGCCAUGGCGGAGGACACGGCGGUCAUGGCUAUGGUGGCUAUGGUUAUGGACGUUGA